AAAAUUUCUUUUAGCAACCUGGUAGGUUUUGUAUAUACCUUUUCCCUCUCUGUAUGUCAUAGAAUCAUAGGAUCAUGGAAUGGUUUGUGUUGGAAGGGGCCUUUAAAGAUCAUUUAGUCUGAUGUCCUGCCAUGAGCAGUGGUAUCUUUCACUAGAUCAGGUUGCUCAAAGCCUCAUCCAACCUGACUGUGAACACUUAAAUGUUCUGUAUGUUGUGACCCUCAGUAAACCCCUGUAUAGAAAAGAAUGUCAAUAGAGAAUCUGAGUGGGGAUGCUUAUCAUAAUAAGAAAUUACUUCCCUUAUAGGCGUUUUCUGGUUCUACUAUAAUGCUAUAGCACAGUUACUUUUGCUGGCAAGUUAAAAGACUCAGGUCAAAUAUAAGGAUAACACAAAAAAAAUGAAGAUUUCUGUUCCGUUUACUGUUGGAGUUUAUAAACAUAUGGCUACACAGAUAUGUAUAUGGUAGUCCAGUCUGUUUAUAUAAAAUUGAUAUAAUGAUGGAUUAUUUUAGAUUGAAAAUGGUAACCAGUGAUAUUUCAUAUCAAAUACCAAGUACAGCUUUGGCAUCUGUCUCAGUCUGCUUCCAGAAAUCCUCUUUGCUUCUAGAAUAAUGACAGAUCAACUUCUGAUUUCCAAAUGUGAUGAAUACACUUUUUUCUCUUUUAACUUUUCCAAUGCACUUAAAGUUUUUUUUUUCUAAAGAAUCCAAUUUAACAUAAUUCCAUAAUUUAAUAAGCAGCAGUUAUUUUCACGUGUUUUUCUAAUUAUUUUUUUUUCUCUCCAAGCAAGAGUAAUUUUGGCAGGUGUUAGAGCAGAUAACCGAAAUUGUAUGGCAAAGAGGUGCCCAAUAUUGGAAAGUGGAACAAUGGAGACUUUUUAUUCUAGAAGGUGCUGCAGCUAUGUGCAUUACCUUCAGGAGAUGGCCUCUUCCAAGUCUUUGAUGAACCUUCUAACCUUCACUUUUGGAUCAGCAAUAGGAUUUUUUGUAUGCUAUCUUCUGUUUAGCAUUAUACUAGAAGAACAAGUAAAGAUCCAGCCUCAUGUCCUUCACAAUGAUCCGCAUGGUCAGCACUCAUCAGAUACCGAUAGCAAUCAGCUGCAAGGGCAAAUGAAUUUCAAUGCAGACUUUGGACAGCAUAAAGAUGAGAAUAAAAAUAUUGCAGAGGGACUGUAUCAGAAGGUGAAAAUACUGUGCUGGGUCAUGACUGGACCUCAAAAUCUAGAAAAGAAAGCCAGGCAUGUUAAGGCCACUUGGGCCCAACGUUGUAAUAAAAUACUUUUUAUGAGCUCCGAGGAAAACAAAGACUUCCCAACUGUGGGCCUAGAAGCCAAAGAAGGCAGAGACCAACUGUACUGGAAGACUAUUAAAGCUUUUCAGUAUGUGCAUGACCAUUAUUUUGAUGAUGCUGAUUGGUUUAUGAAAGCAGAUGAUGAUACAUAUGUUAUAUUGGACAAUUUGAGAUGGCUUCUUUCAAAAUACAGUCCUGAACAGCCAAUAUACUUUGGAAGAAGGUUUAAGCCUUAUGUGAAACAGGGUUACAUGAGUGGAGGAGCAGGUUAUGUUCUGAGCAAAGAAGCUCUGAAGAGAUUUGUUGCUGCAUUUAAAACAAACAAAUGCUCUCAUAGUUCCUCAAUUGAAGACCUUGCACUAGGAAAAUGCAUGGAGAUCAUUAAUGUGGAAGCAGGAGAUUCUAGGGAUACAAGUGGUAGAGAAACCUUUCAUCCCUUUGUUCCAGAACAUCACUUAGUCAGAGGAUACUUGCCAAAAACAUUCUGGUACUGGAAUUACAAUUAUUAUCCUGCUGUAGAGGGUCCUGGAUGCUGCUCUGAUCUAGCAGUUUCAUUCCACUAUGUUGAUUCCAUGACUAUGUAUCAAUUGGAAUAUUUGAUUUAUCAUCUCCGUCCGUAUGGGUAUUUGUAUCGGUACAAUCCUGAUCCAGCAACCAAUCCAGAAGAGCAAAGCAAAAAUGAAGCACUGGAGGAUAAUCAGAAGCUAAAGCAAAAAGUUACUGAGAGUUAAUUAGACUUUGAAGAAAACAAAAAGAAGCCAGUACAAUGAGUAGGAGUCUCCUCAAACUCCUGCAUGAAGCUUGUGGACUGAAAUUACUGAUAGUGAUUCUUAUUUAAAAAAAUCACAUUGGCAGUGCUGCCUGUUGCUGUCUAUGUACAGUAGAAUCUGGUGCUGGCUCUGACUGUUUGGGAUAGUGUGACCUUGCUGACCUGCUCAAUGAAGAUUUAGGGCUCUCAAGCUGUGAAAUAGGAGGUUGUUCUGAUACACUAAUACCUGGAAGAAUUUGUAUGAAACUCAUAUGGAUGGCUUCAGAGAUAAUCAAACAGUAUUUCUGUUCCUUUUUCUGUUCCCCUUUUCCUUCCAGCUGUUCUGUUAGGUAAGCUCUAAUGGUAGAAAGUGGAUGCUGCAUAGUCAAAUACUUGGUGAUGGCUUUCUCUAGUAUUCUCAGUAUCUUGAAAUUAGUUUGUGUACCUUGCCCUACAAGGGAGAGGAGUGAAAAUAGUCUGCUUUGCUUUAAUGGCAGACUGGCUAUUAUGAAUAGGCAGAGAUCCACCCAAACGAUUAAUCUUGAGUUGUUUCAGAAAUGGAAUUCACUGCCAUGAAUUAUUUUUAACUUUUUUAAGUCUCUUGUAUGAAACAAUAUGAAGUUGAAUCGCUACUGCUUUAGGGAGAAACCCAGAAAUGGUUACUGUUGUUUCAAUUGCUGAGGCAAGGCAAGCUGCUUACAUACUUACCUGUAGCUUUUUAAAAUGUUUUUCUUUUGCAUUAAAUUAUUGUAUUGGUUGAAUGGUUGUAAAAAUUCAUCUCAGAAUUUCUCAACGCAAGAUAAGGUAGAUGCUUUUUGAAAUAGAAUUCUCUCUUCCAUCCCUCCUUCCAUCUGAACCAGGAAGAAUAGUAUCUUGGCAAAGUUACGAUGACGUUAUAAUAUCUUGGUUUCAGCCAGUAUUAUAAUUAGUUUGUUUCCAUUUAGUUUUCACAUCACUAUACUUUGAGACUGUGGAGUUACCUUGUACAUUAAAAUUUUACAGAUACAAGAAAGUCCCAUUUUAAAACGGCAGCAAAGCUGAUUUGACUGCUUCCCUACGCAUCUCAUUUAUUUGGCUGAAGUACUUAAUUUCAUUCUUUUUUUUUUCCUUUUUUUUUUUUUUCCCUUCACCUUUAAAAAUUUCUUCUGUAGCUGCUGCUUGUUACCUUUUUCAGGACAAAGUGUUAAAUGAUCCUUAUCUCACUCUUUGAAGCUGAAGUAUAUAGUUAUUCAGGUAAACCAGCCUGAAUGCAGGAAUCUUUGAAAGUGCAUUAACUUUCUCCAUUACUUUGAGUAUCUCUGCCUCUUAACUGAAGACACUUUCUUGGUGUGGGAUAAAAA